UUGGAAAAUGCAGUGACUGAGAAGGUGUCUGAAAAAGGAAACACAAAUCAAAUGGCUUCUAUCGAGCUUCUGUUGAUAGAUAAAGAAAGCCGGCACCCUGCUCCUCCAAACAAUAGUGACUGGGGUUUUAAAGCUUUGCAUAUUCAUAAGUCAAGCACUGCAGCUGGGAAGGCAGUUUCUAGCGAGCAUCAGUGUAAUUCAGCUCAAAGGGCAACUGCCAGUGAAGGACAAUGUAAUUCAGCACCAGGGACAACUCCCACUAAAGGGGGGCAGCAUUUCAAGCACUGCCGUCAAGGACUUGGAAAGGAGAUAAGGGUGUGUUGCGACGAGGAAUUAGAGACAUCAUUCACUUACAUUGAUGAAAACGUUAACCUCCAGCGUGCCAGCCCGAAAUUGUCUGCAAAAAGCCUGUAUGGGCAAUCAGAUCACAGCUCUUCCAAUGAAAUUCGACAAGAAGGUCUUCAGGACCUCUCUCUCAUGUCUGAUGAUGAAACUUCCUUAGAGGCUUCUUCAGUUGACUAUGGUUUUAUUAGUGCAAUUACGUUUCUUGUUACAGGGAUAUUCUUAGUUAUUAUUUCCUAUGCAAUACCACGAGAUGUCAAUGUAAACCCCGAUACUGUCUCAGCCAGAGAGAUGGAGAGGCUAGAGAAUGAAAGUGCAAGGAUUGGAGCCCACUUAGACAAGUGUGUUAUUGCUGGGCUUUGUUUGCUCACCUUGGGGGGAGUUGUGCUCUCCACCUUACUCAUGGUAUCCAUGUGGAAGGGAGAGAUGUACAGAAGGAAAGCGUUUGCAUAUUCCAAAGAAUCUGCAAAACUGUAUGGCUCUAUCAAUUUUAAAAUGGGUUCAAGUCACAACGACGCUACCUCACAGGUAUCUAUAGUUGAGGAAGAUACAGUAUCCAUAGACUAA